AUGGCAGAACCACCUCAGAAAAGGUUCAGGUAUGCUACAUACAAUGAACAAAUAAAGAAUAUAUCAGUGAAUGUAGGAAAUCAGCGAGGGCUCGAGUGGGAGAAGGAAAACUUUGACGAAGAUGCGGAGCAGAGUCACACUCCCCUCACCUCUGAGCUCGAUCGGUUAUCCCUACUCGAUCUCACUACUCCUUAUCAAGACCUGCAGCGGACUCUCAUCCCAUUUUCAUCCACAUUGCCCAUCACACUAUACACUCUCCCUAUAAUACAACAGACAUUUUCCGACUACUAUUCGAAACUCCAGGAAGGACAAGAACACACCCACUCCGGUCUAGACUCCGCUCUUUACCUUCAUCAAGCCUUGUACGAAACCUGUCUCGGUGAAGCACUACCUCAUGUCCCAGAUACUACCAAAGACCUCCUCAGAGUCGGUGCUCUACGAGCAUUAGAUCCAAAACUUGUUGAAAGAACCUAUUCAUCCCUAUCCCUCAUUUUACGAAGUAUCGCUUCUUCCCUUCUCAAAUCAGAUGAAUCCUCUCAAACUAUUCUCCGAGCAACAUGGAAAGAAGUGCGACCGUAUCUGAGGCCAAGGGAGAACAAACGUUAUGUCAGAAAAUGUGUUGCCGAUGCUUGGGUCGGUGUCAUUAGAAAAGCUAGAUCGGAAGGCUUACAGAGAUUAAUGGAUGUCUUGCUUGAAGAGGAAAUAGACGGUAUGGAAGCUGUUUGGAGUCACAGCUUGAAGGGAACAAACAGUCAACUGCAUUCAAGAGCUAUAGCGAUAUAUGAUAUCCUCCUUGACCGACUCAUUGCAAAUCCUACUGAACAGCAACUCGCAACUGUUACUAUGGUCAGUAUCGCUUUGGUCCACCAUUGCUCGACCAGUAACAUCAAGCCGGUAAUCGAGUCUGUUAUAUCCCGUUAUCAAAUAUCAUCUCCCAGUGCCGGAUCUUCGUCAUCCCCCUCCAUCAGCUUAGUUCAAUCAUCAAUGGUACUCAGAGUACUGUCGACCUUUCUCCUUACCAGAAAGGGUAAACGAUUUCCAGAGCCCUUACUCAAACCUCUCAUGCAACGUCUUCAAUCCUUAUUCCCUCAUUUGGCUACAGAAGCCUCCUUAGGUCAGGAGGGUAUUGCAGAUGAAGAGAGGCAGACUCGAGAUACCUGGAGGAAAGCUUUGGUGGCGUGCGUGGUGGGCUGUUUACAAGCCGGGCAGUUGCAACAUUGGCUCAGUCCUGGUGUGGGAUUGAUUGAGCAUCUGUGGGGACAACUUGAUGACCGAGAGUGUUUUGCCUUCGCCAACGCUCUAAUCUCUCUCAAAUGGCCUGGUGUCGAACAAUUUUUGCUUUCCCAUAUCGCUAAAAAAUCUCUCCCUUCUUUAACGAAAGAUCCUUUAUCCACUCUCGUCUUGCUCAACAACCUCGCUUCUGCUGGAUAUCUGUCGGGAGGACUGUCAAAUGUCCAAGGAGGACGUUGGCGACGAGCUUUCAUUUCAGCUCUUGUAGCUCUUUUCGAGCAAAUCAAGGAGAAAGGACUGGAAGAUUUGAAUGAUCGUCGUAUACUAGGUCAGAUCUUGAGGUUGAUUCCAGCUUUACCCUCCGAUGCCGAUCAGUUUGUCCCUCAUGUCACUGGACUCAUUCGGUCAACCCUAUCGACUGUAAAAGGGAAAGAAGUUGCUCAGAUAAGAGUCGGUUGGGCCGAAGAUGGCGCGUGGAACGAUAGUCAUCUUUUGGGAUCGCUCCUCCGAGCAGCACAAGACUUACUAGAUAGCCCCCAAGUAACCGCUGAUGCGGAACUAAGAGCUCUCCUCGUGGAUGAAGGGGCAUUAGCACACGUCGUCGAGAAGGUAUAUUGGAACCGGGAGAUUCUAACAGCAUGUUCUUCGUUGAUUGCACGUUGGUCUGGAGAUCUACAGUUGUCAGAAGAUCACAUACUCGAUCUCUUCUUCCCGAACCUUCUUUCAGCGGAUUCUGAGCUUCGUCUUUCCACCGUACAAAUGCUCGCAUCAAUAUCUUCGACAUCACCCCCAGCCAACGCAGAAGACCAUAUACCCUCACCAAGCGGAAUCUGGUCGUUAUGUGCGGCCGUCGAAUCAUCCGAAAUGACGUUGAAGAAUGUUCGAGAGCGUACAACCAGUAUCGCUCGUCUCGCUCGAGGUGUUCUGUCUUUACCUGAACUCACCAGCAAAGAAUCAAGCAAAUUGCUCAAAGGAGUCAUCACGUUCCUGGUAUCUCAGCUCAAAGUCAAUUUCCGACCGAUCUAUGCAGAAACCAUCACUGCUUUAUCCUCCAUAGCUGAGAAACAGGGGCAAUUUAUCUGGGAGAUAGUUUGGGAAGAACUGCAGAAGACUGAUGCAGCCGAGGGGAGUUCUAUGCUAGAUCUCGGCGUGUUCAAGCCAUCUUGGGCUGAGAAGCGUUUUGAAGACAGCGAGUCAAGGAGGGUUGAGCAAGACGAGGACGAAGCUGAGUUCCACUGUUAUAACCUCGAAAAGAGUCGAAACACUCUCAACAAAGUUUGGAUACAAGCCACUCAGGAGGAUAAAUUAGAUCAACAAGAAGUCUUCGUUCAAAUAUCCCACGAUCGACUUGACGUCCUCAAUUAUGAAGCACAACUUCUUUCCACACUUGCCGCUGUGCCUUCCAUUGCUGAGAAACACUCCAGGGCAAUUAUACCGGUAUUCUUUGGUGUCGCUCGCCAAGCCGAUGAGAAUGAUGACCAAGUGAAAUCGACUCAUUUGUCGACUAAGCAGCGGCAACAAAGAACCGCAUCUUACCUCGAACUUCUGGCAAAAUUCGUUAAUCCUAAAGCUGCGUACCGAAGCGAAGAGCUCCAUACUCUUUAUCUAGAUAUUCUCGCCAAGGGAGAACCCAAGCUGCAAGGUCUAGCUUUGAAAUGCCUCAUGACAUACAAAUCACCUAAAUUGCUUCCUUACCAAGAAUCAUUGGAAACCUUACUGGAAGAUUCUAAGUUCCGGGAUGAAUUGGCUAGACUUAGGCUCUCUGCCACGGAGCAAGAUUAUGGUGUUCAAUCGCAGGAAAAAUCAGCUUUAGCAAAGACUCGAAUAGUUUUCAUCGACCCCUCUCAUAGAGCGGAAGCUUUGCCUGUCAUCGUCCGAUUAUUAUACGGCAUCAUCACUUCUCGUAGAGGGCGAUCAAGUUCCGCUCAAGGGCAGACAGCAAGGAAACAAGCUGUUUUGAAUACUCUCAGCGGCUGUACCGAAGAUGAAUUGAAGACUUUAAUCGAUCUUAUGCUAGAACCUUUUGGUGAAGAAUUGGAAAACAUCAAUGUUGCUGGUAGACAGCAGAUCGGUUUCUUAACUUUGCUUACAGACUUACUUCGAUACCUCGGUCCUCAAAUAAUACCUCAUUGGCCACGAUUGGUAAAGACAACUAUAGCUUUAGUAGCCAGCGCGCAAAAGAAGCUUUCUCAAGCCAAUGCUGAUGCUGAGGAAGAAGGAGAAGGUGACAACGCCGAAGAUGUCGAAGUUCCGCAACAGGAAUCUGACAAGGGCCUUGCCCCCCUACGAAACAUCAGGUCGAUGGGUCUCAAACGAUUAGUGCAAUUCUUCCGAUCUUCCGUACAAUUCGAUUUCAGUCCUUAUCUUUCCACCAUUUUCGAUUCGAUUAUUUCUCCUCGACUUGACAGACUUGAAGUCGAGAACACUCAAGCUCCCUCAGGUACUCUCGAAUUGAUCGCCACUAUCGCUUCUUUACCUAAUAACGCUCGAAGUCUUGUACAACAGGAUGACAGAACGUUACCGAAAGCUUUCUCUUGUAUGACGGCUGUGAAAGUCAAACCGGUAGUCAUAUUGAAGGUCUUCGAUAUCAUCGAUUCCCUUCUACUCGAAGACACACCGGGGCUGACCGAAGAUGUGUUGUUACCAAAUAUACGGGUCUUACUGGAUAAUGUUAUCGGUUUAGUAGUGCGUCUGAAAGCUUCCGCCAACGAAGAUAUCACUCGUCGAUUACUCGCGAUUUUAUCCCGAUUAUCUGCGAUCGUCUCGGAUGGUCAACAAGCUCAGGAACUCGCUUCUCUCCUUGCACCAAUGUUAAGACAGCGUCAGACGACUGAGAAGGCCAAAACCAACAUCCUCAGCACUUUACAACGACUAUAUGCCAUUUCGCCUGAUGUCGCGGAUCCAUCUAACAAGUAUUUUACCCAGAAUUACGAGCUCAUCUCCAAUCUAUUCCAAACUAUCUUCUUCCCAUCAUCUAGAAGAGCGCUAUUCGAUGUUUUGCAAACUUUCGCUAAAGUCGACAAGAGUCUGGAAAAGGCAAUUACAAUUACCGGUGAACUCAAUGCCUACUCGACCAGAAGGUUAGAUGAACCUGAUUUCGAUCGACGUUUGACUGCUUAUGCUCAAAUCAAUGAUGGACCGGACGAGGAACUUCCGCAAAGUACCAAAGCGUGGUUACCUAUUCUACGAAGCUCAAUCUUCUACCUUCACGAACCUGAAGAAUUGUCAAUCCGAACCAGUGCCUCAGCAGUGCUGCAAAGGUACAUUUCGGCUAUCGGACAGGCUGAAAGUGGACCUUACGUCGAAGCAUUACAACAUGUCAUCAUGCCCGGUAUAAGGAAGACUCUCCGAUCGAAGCAAGAAUUAGUCCGAAAUGAGGCUAUUCACAUUAUCGCUCAUGCGGUCAAGACAUGUUCUGGUGUACCUGAGUUAGCUGAAUUGCAACCUCUCUUAGCAGAAGGCGAUGAUGAGGCUUCAUUCUUUACCAAUAUCACACAUAUUCAGGUGCAUAGACGAGCUAGAGCUCUCCAUCGACUUCGAAACUUCGCUGCGGAUAACAAAAUACAGGAAUCGACAUUAUCGACUAUCUUCCUUCCUAUCUUGGAGCAUAUCGUGGCUGGAUCAACGGAUGUGACGGACCAUCAUCUCAUCAACGAAGCUGUUCAGACUAUCGGUGGUCUUGCUGGGGAACUCAGAUGGUCCAGAUACUACGGUCUGGUUGGAAGAUUCAUGAAGCUCGGUAGUGUCAAAGCCCAGCAGCAGAAAAUCUACAUUCGAGUAGUUUCAGCUAUUAUCGAUAAUUUCCAUUUCCGUCUUGAAACGCCCGCGGUAAAUGGUGAUUCCAUGGAUGUCGAUGGAGCUGCAGCGGAAGCUGAAGACAAGGAUGACGAAGCCGAGGAGAAUGAGGAUGAAGAAGUUGAACAGGAGAAACAGAUCGAUGUUGGUACAUCACCGGAGCGGAUCACUGAAGUCAUUUUGAAUCGACUUCUUCCCUCGCUUUCCAAGUUCGUCGCUACCAAAGACGAGACAGAAAGCAAUAUCAGGAUCCCACUUGCUUUGGCAGUCGUCAAACUUGCUCAUGCCCUCCCUCGGGCAUCCAGUGCCGACGAAGUGCUUCGAGUCAUCACUACUGUAUCUCAAAUUCUACGAAGCAAAGAACAGGAUACUCGAGAUAUCGCUAGAGACACAAUCUGCAAGAUUGCUGUUUAUCUCGGUCCAGAAUGGCUUGUACGGGUGAUCAAAGAACUGGAAACUGCUCUUCAGCGUGGACCUCAGAAACACGUCCUAGCAGUAACGACCCAUGCUAUUCUCGUCAUGGCCACUACCCAAGCUGCCGAGCGAUUCUCAGAUCUUGACGAAGCUGUAGAAUUUGCUGUAUCGAUUUCUGCCGAAGUCAUCUGGGGUGAAAGUGGGAAAGAUGUAGCUUCAGAGGGUUUCAAGACGAAAAUGCGAGAAGUCCGAGGAGCAACUUCAAGGGGAUUCGAUACUUUCCAACUACUAUCUCAAUUGGUCUCACCCACCAAGAUGUCAGUCAUCCUCUCUCCACUUAGGGAAGUCAUGCAUUCUUCGCAAGCUGUCAAACAAAUGCAGCAGGUCGAUGAAGCUCUUCGACGUAUAUCCCUUGGUCUCAACAGUAAUCCUCGAUUAGCUCCCGAAGAUAUAUUGUCCCUCUGUUACUCCCUAAUCAGUGGCAACUCUUCGUACCUGAAACCCAAGAAGAAGGCGGUCAAACCUGCUGACACUCCCGAUAGCUACAGGGUACAGAUGAGGAGAGAUAACAAAGGGAAUGCGGAUUUCUAUCCUCAAAACGCCCAUAAAUUUGUUGUCUUCGGCUUAGAUUUGUUCGUCACCGCCUUUAGACGAGGUAAAUUCGACUUCGACGACGUAUCUAUCCUAUCCAGACUUGGACCUAUGGUCAAUGCCAUCGGUAACACCCUAUAUUCAUCCGCUUCCAACGUUCUUACCCUCGCUCUCAAAGCUUCCGCAGCGGUCUUGCGAUGUCCCGUACCGCAAGUCGAACCCGCUUUACCAAUCUUCGUCACCAAUAUCUUCGAAAUCAUAAAACAUGCUGGAGGAACAGCCGAAUCCGAAGUUGCUCAAACUGCUCUCAAGACUCUUGCCGUAAUAUUGAGGGAUUGCAAAUCCUCUGAAGUCACCGAGGCCCAGCUGAAAUAUCUGCUCGAAGUGAUUAGUCCAGAUCUCGAAGAACCUGACAGACAAAGUGCGAUCUUUACGAUACUCCGAUCAAUCAUAACUCGUAAAUUCGUUGUUCCGGAGAUAUAUGAUAUGAUGGAACGAGUAUCGUCUAUUAUGGUCACUUCUCAAUCCACCCAGGUCCAAGAUUUGUGCAGAGGAGCGGUAAUGGCUUUCUUACUGGAUUACCCACAAGGUAAAGGAAGGUUGAAGAAUCAAAUGACCUUCUUCGCCAAAAAUCUGGAAUAUACCUUUGAAGCUGGACGAAUCUCAGUCAUGGAAAUACUCAAUAAUAUCUUCUUAAAAUUCUCAGAUGAUCUUAUCGAAGAAUUCUCGGAUAUGUUCUUUGUGUCCUUGGUAGUGGUUCUAGCCAAUGAUGAUUCGGAGAAAUGUCGUCAGAUGGCUGGAGAAUUGCUCAAAUCACUCUGGAAGAGGUUGGAAGAAGAUAGAAGGAACAAGAUGAUCUCAGUCCUGAAGUCCUGGGUGGACAAGAGAGAAGAUAAUACCGUACUUGCUUCGGCAGCUCUUGGCGUUUUCGGUCUGCUGGUCGAAACAGGACAAGGAGAGGGUCUAGUUGAAGAAUUGAUAAAAGUAGUCCAACCGAUUAUUGAGGAAAGUGCGGAAGCGUUGUUAGAAGCUGAAGCAUCUGAAGAAGACGCCGUUUUAGAUCAUGGAUUACCUCAUCAAGCUCUAUCUUCCACGGCCAAAGCGAUCUUACAAUCUUCGUCAUCAACCUCGUCAUUACCUUGGCAAGCUAUCAUCUCGCAUCUCUUAUUCCCCCAUUCGUGGGUAAGAUUCGAUGCUGCUAGGUUACUCUCCAACUACCUCACUUCAAUGGAAUCGGCUUAUGGCAUUCUAGGGGAAGAGGCAUUACUCGAUAUAGCCAGGAAAGGAUGCUUGGUCUUGAAUGGCUCGAAAGGUGAUGAAGGCGAAUUCGUACUUGUAGAUGGCAAAUUAUCGGAUGAGGUUGUCAAAUUUUUGUACAAUAUUGCCAAACAUUGGGCGGCUACUCAAGAAUCCGAUGAAGAGCUACCUACUGCCGACGAUGUCCAGGCUGAUGCUGAAGAUGAAGAGGCUGACGGAGAGACCGAAGGACGAAAUCCCCUCUCAUGGUUGAUGUCUAGAAUGUCAUUCUUGGCUAGACAUUUAUUAGUAAACCGACCUGCCCCACACAGUUUCCAGGCUCAUGAGAAAUGGUCUGCUCCAAUCUUAUCGAUCUUACGAUUCUUCGCCGGGGUGUAUGAAGCUCUGAGUGCUAAACAGGGUAAGACAUACUUGAUGCAUAUCCUAAGUCCGAUAUAUAGGAUAUUGGAUGAAGGUGGUGAUUUGGCUAAAAACGAGGAUGGUCAAGUCGAGGAAUUACGUCAACUGUCUAUGCAAAUUCGAGAAUUCGUACAAUCGAAAGCAGGAACUAGCGCCUUCUCAACUGUAUGGGAGAAACUUCGACGAUCGACUAUCAAUAGAAGAGAGGGACGAAGAGAGGAGAGGGUCAGAUUGGCAAUUACAAAUCCAGUGAAAUUCGCAGAGAGGAAAAGCAAGAAAGUAAUAAGAGGGAAAGAAGGAAAGAAGAGAAAGAUGAAUCUUUUCAAUGAAGGAAAGAAGAAAUCGUCGAAUUUCAGAAAAAGACGUGAUUAA